AUGGCUAGCAUGCGGAUGUAUGCCAGCCGAAUGAGCGCUAUGCGCUCAACGAUGCGCACGGCCAAGCACCAGGGACCACGAUCUCUGGCUGUCCCAGCGUCGUUGCGCUCGUUGCACGCGAGCCGCACGGUGCAGAUGUCCACCCGGCCAGAGCCUGCGCCUUCCUUCCAGUCUCGCUCCAGCCCGUCGCAGCUGCUCGACUACCAGUCGGGUGAGCUGGACGAAUCGUUUAUUGGUAAGACGGGUGGUGAUAUCUUCCACGAGAUGAUGCUGCGCCACAAUGUGCACACGGUUUUUGGCUACCCAGGUGGUGCUAUUCUACCAGUCUUUGAUGCCAUUUACCAAUCAAAGCACUUUGACUUUGUGCUUCCGCGUCGUGAGGACGGUGCUGGCCAUAUGGCAGAGGGUUUUGCGCGUGCCAGUGGCAAGCCCGGUGUGGUCCUUGUGACGUCUGGUCCAGGUGCGACCAACGUGAUCACGCCGAUUCAGGACGCCUACAGUGACGGUGUUCCGCUGGUGGUGUUCUGCGGUCAGGUCGCUACGUCGGCCAUUGGAUCGGACUCUUUCCAGGAGGCUGAUAUGGUGGGUAUCAGCCGCAGCUGCACCAAGUGGAACGUCAUGGUGAAGAACGUGGCGGAGCUGCCUCGCCGCGUGAACGAGGCGUUCAAGAUUGCGAUGAGCGGCCGCAAGGGUCCGGUCCUGGUCGAUCUGCCGAAGGAUGUGACGGCUUCGGUCCUGAAACAUGCCAUUCCUCGCUCCUGGACCGAGCCUGAGCUCUCGCAGAUGCCCAGUCGUGAGACGGCCAUGCGUCGCGCGACUCGUUUGGGCGGUUUGUUGCACACUUCGAAUGUGGAGCCCAACCUGGAGGAGGCUGCGCGCCUGAUUAGCAUUGCUAGCCGCCCUAUCAUCUACGCUGGCCACGGUAUCUUGUCGCAUGAGGAUGGCCCGAAGCUGCUGCACGAACUCGCGACGAAGCACAACAUUCCCGUCACGACGACGCUGCACGGUCUUGGUGCGUUUGAUGAGCUCCAUGACUUGAGCUUGCAUAUGCUGGGUAUGCAUGGAUCGGCGUAUGCCAACCUGGCCAUGCAGGAAGCUGAUCUGAUUAUUGCGCUGGGUGCGCGCUUUGACGACCGUGUCACGGGUCGUGUUGACAAGUUUGCGCCGGCUGCGAAUGCUGCGGCGGAGGCGGGUGUGGGUGGUAUUAUCCACUUUGAAGUGAUGCCGAAGAACAUCAACAAGGUGGUCCAGGCUACCUGCGCUGUGGAAGGCGACGUUGUGGAAAACCUGGCGAAGCUUCUUCCGGAGAUCUCUGCCACGCCGGACCGCAGUGAGUGGAUUGCUCGCAUCAAGAACUGGAAGGAGAAGCUUCCGUUCACAUAUGUGCCUUCGAUGCCGGAGAAGGGCGAGCUGAUGAAGCCGCAAGAGGUGAUUGAGGCUUUGGAUAGCGCUGUGUCGGCGUACAAGGACAAUGUAAUCGUCACAGCUGGUGUGGGUCAGCACCAGAUGUGGGCCGCGCAGCACUACCGCUGGCGCCACCCUCGCUCGUGGAUUUCGUCGGGUGGUUUGGGUACGAUGGGCUUCGGUCUUCCUUCGGCAAUCGGUGCCAAGGUGGCCAAGCCGGAUCAUUUGGUGGUGGAUGUGGAUGGUGAUGCUAGUUUCAGUAUGACGGCGAUGGAGCUGGCUACGGCAUCCCAGUACAACAUUGGUGUGAAGGUGCUGUUGCUCAACAACGAGUUCCAGGGUAUGGUGCUCCAGUGGCAGGACCUGUUCUACGACCAACGCUACUCGCACACGCAGAUGCACAACCCAGACUUUGUGAAGCUGGCAGAGGCCAUGGGUGUCAAGGCGCUCCGUUGCGACUCGCUGGCCGAUCUUCCUGCGAAGAUGAAAGAAUUUAUUGAGUACGACAACAACAAACCCAUUCUGUUCGAGACGCGUGUCAUCAAGUCGGAGCAUGUGUACCCGAUGGUCGCGGCGGGUAAGUCGCUGGAGGAGCAAGUGCUGCACCCUCUUCUGCGUGAUCAAAAGUUGUAA